AUGAUUUUUUCCAAAGGGUCUGGUGAUAUCGAUUGGUAUUGGUUCUUUUCCUCUCAGGCGUUCAGUCAUCUGCAUGAGGUGUUUAAGGAGGCUGAUAAGGAGGGUCGAGGCUGGAUAUCUGAGGAAGAGUUUGUUAGAGUUCUUCGGAUACCAGAAGUAGCACAGAAGUUGAAGUUUGCGGAUGUGUCCCUUCGUGAUGCCGCGGACUUGUUUAGUCUGAUUGAUAUCAAUCGAUCGAGGAAGGUGACUUACACAGAAUUUGUGGAAGGCUGUUUGAGGAUAGCUGGACAGGCUAAGGGGAAGGACUUGUUGAGGGUUCAGUACACUCUGGAUAAGAAGUUCGAGAGGAUGGGAAUUACUGCGACUAAGAAGAGAAUAUAUUGGAUCGAUUGA